CAGAGGAGAGCUGCCCUGCUACCUGCUCCGUAUUUCUGGCUGCCUGCAUGGCUCCCGGGCACUGUAGACAUUGUGGGGGCUGCUGCUGCUGAGCAGCAAUACAUUGCUUUAAACUCAGCCUCAACUUGUCACAGCGAGCGAGGAUGGCAACACUACUGGAGCUUUGGAGCUACCAAGAGAGCCAGGGAACGUGGGUUUUGUUUGCCACUGUCUAAUAAAUGGGAGUAAAAUGGAAUUUCUUACCUGGGUUUUUCCUGCCUUGGUUCUACUGUGCACCCAACAGCACAGGUGUAUCAGAGCUAUGAAUGACAUUGGAGAUUACAUAGGUUCCAACAUCGAAAUAUCCUGGUUACCCAACCUGGAUGAUUUAAUGAAAGGGUAUGCACGUAAUUUCAGGCCUGGGAUUGGAGGUCCUCCUGUUAAUGUUGCUCUUGCAAUUGAAGUAGCCAGCAUUGACCACAUCUCAGAAGUGAACAUGGAAUAUACCAUGACGGUAUUUUUGCACCAGAGCUGGCGAGAUGACCGUCUGUCUUACAACCACACCAACGAAACUUUGGGCUUAGACAGCCGGUUUGUGGACAAGCUCUGGCUGCCAGAUACUUUCAUAGUAAAUGCCAAGUCUGCUUGGUUCCAUGAUGUGACUGUGGAAAACAAACUUAUCAGGCUCCAGCCAGAUGGAGUCAUUUUAUACAGCAUCAGGAUUACCUCAACAGUGGCCUGUGACAUGGACCUUUCCAAGUAUCCAAUGGAUGAGCAAGAAUGCAUGUUGGAUUUGGAGAGCUAUGGCUACUCUUCAGAGGACAUAGUCUACCACUGGUCAGAAAACCAGGAGGAGAUUCAUGGGCUGGAUAAGCUGCAGCUUGCUCAAUUCACAAUUACCAAUUACCAGUUCACAACAGAAAUGAUGAACUUCAAAUCGGCAGGUCAGUUUCCCAGGCUCAGUCUCCACUUCCACCUUCGGCGAAAUCGAGGAGUUUACAUCAUUCAGUCUUAUGUUCCUUCUAUCUUACUAGUGGCCAUGUCGUGGGUAUCCUUCUGGAUCAGUCAGUCAGCUGUGCCUGCCAGAGUGUCAUUAGGUAUAACUACUGUUCUUACUAUGACUACACUGAUGGUCAGUGCGCGAUCUUCGCUUCCACGAGCAUCUGCCAUCAAGGCACUUGAUGUUUACUUCUGGAUUUGCUAUGUGUUUGUCUUUGCUGCACUGGUAGAAUAUGCAUUUGCACAUUUCAAUGCUGACUACAUGAAAAAGCAAAAGAACAAGAUAAAAGCAAGAAGGCAGAGUGGAGAGAUAAACGUGAAGAACGCCAUUGUUCUGUUUUCCCUUUCCAUAGCUGGUGUGAACCAGGAACUGGCCAUUUCCAAUAGGCAGCACCGAAUUCCCAGAAGCCUGCCUGGAUCGUAUGGCACAAUAGAAAUAGAAACUGGAGAGACAAAACAGCAGCAAGUAAUGAAACUGGACAAAAAGAGUGGUCUGAAGUCCCUCUUUAAGCCCAUUGAUGCUGAUACCAUUGAUAUAUAUGCCAGAGCCGUGUUCCCAGCAGCCUUUGCAGCAGUCAAUGUUAUAUACUGGGUUGCAUACACAAUGUAAAAAAAAAAAAAAAAAGAAAAUUCAUGUGAAGAGCUACAAAUUGAACAAUACCUGCAGACUAAAAAGCCCUUGCUGAAAAUAUAUUGAUCCAUCUCUUCUCAAAAUAUUUUCCAAUGAGCUCGAGACAUUUCUAAAGUCAAGAAAGUCCUGUGAUCAGUUCCUACUAAAAACAGCAAUUUAUUACUGAUCUGAUUUGAUACAGUAAUAACUGUACUCUGCCAAACAAUCCCAGUUCCUUAUUUCCUGUAUUACCAUGACACAAUUUUUCAUAUGUACAUAUUUGUAGCACAAGUUUAAAUCUUAAAUUACUAUGGUUUUCCUCCACUUUAAGUGUCGAUCAGUAAUGAAGAUUUGGCUUUUCACACUCAGAUCAUUUCCUUUUUUUUGUAACAGAAGUGCUAAUUCCUCAGUGAUUUUCUGC